AUGGGAUUGAUAUCCGGAAUAGUUUUGGGGAUACUGUUCGGGAUGGCGUUAAUGGCAGGUUGGAAGCACAUGAUGAGCUAUCGGCACAAUAAGCGAAGCCAGAAGGCAGUUGACAUUAAAUUGCUAAACGCACUCACCAGAGAUGAUUUAAAGAAUAUCUGCGGCGACAACUUCCCCGAAUGGAUAUCAUUUCCUGUGUUUGAGCAGGUGAAAUGGCUGAACAAACAGCUGAGCAAAUUGUGGCCAUAUAUUGCAGAUGCUGCGGAGGCAAUCAUCAAAGAUACUGUUGAACCGUUGUUGGAAGACUAUCGCCCCCCCGGAAUUACUUCAUUGAAAUUCAGUGAACUCUCUCUUGGAUCCGUGGCUCCUAAAAUUGAAGGGAUUCGAGUUCAGAGUCUUAAGGAAGGCCAAAUCACGAUGGAUAUUGAUCUUCGGUGGGGAGGUGAUCCGAGCAUCAUUCUAGCUGUUGGGGCAGCAGUUGUUGCUUCCAUACCCAUUCAGUUGAAAGAUCUUCAAGUUUUUACGGUAGUCCGAGCUAUUUUCCAACUUGCCGAUGAAAUUCCUUGCAUCUCUGCUGUUGUUGUGGCUCUCCUAGCUGAGCCAAAGCCACGUAUUGAUUAUACUCUGAAAGCUGUUGGUGGGAGUCUAACAGCUCUUCCUGGGAUUUCUGAUAUGAUUGAUGACACCGUUACUUCCAUUGUAACAGAUACGCUGCAAUGGCCGCACAGGAUCGUCGUUCCCAUCGGCGGUUUACCUGUCGACACAAGCGAACUGGAGCUGAAGCCAGUUGGAAAGCUUACGGUAACAGUGGUGAGGGCGAGUGAGCUGAAGAACAUGGAGCUGAUCGGGAAAUCGGAUCCGUAUGUAGCUCUGCACAUCCGACCCCUCUUCAGAUUUAAAACCAAAGUGGUAGACAACAACCUGAAUCCUGUGUGGAACGAAACAUUCCAACUUAUUGCAGAAGAUAAGGAGACGCAGUCACUCAUGUUGGAGGUGCUUGAUGAAGACAUUGGAGAGGACAAGCUAUUAGGAAUAACGAAGGUGCCUCUCAUCGAUCUGAAACCUGAGAAAACAGAAACUCUUGAGCUAAGGCUUCUUCCCUCCCAGAAUAUGACCAAAAUCAAAGACAAGAAGGACAGAGGGACUCUCACUGUCCAGGUGUGUUACCAUGAAUUCAACAAAGAAGAACAGUUUGCAGCCCUGGAAGAAGAGAAGAGAAUGAUGGAAGAGAAAAAGAAAAUGAAAGAAGCUGGGGUGGUGGGGAGCACAGUGGAUGCCCUCGACAUUGUCGGCAGCGGCGUAAAUUCUGGCGCAGGCCUAGUGAGCAGUGGUGUGAGCACUGGUGCUGGCCUGGUUAGCAGUGGCGUUAAUGCUGGUGCGGGGCUGGUGGGGAGCGGAAUUGGCGCGAUGCACACGGGGCUUAGCCGAGCGGGGAAGUUCGUGGGGCGGACGAUCGGGACGAGGAGGAGCGGCGGCGCUGGCUCUGCAGGCUCUGGAUCUACCACCCCGCCGGUGCAUAACUAUGUCUCUGAAAGUGACAGUGAAAAGCCAAACUAACUAAUUCAUUGAUUCAUGAGGUUAGUGUCUGUUUUUUGUUUUGAAGUUCAUACAUAUAUAUAUAUAUAUAUAUAAAUGUGUGAUUUUUAGGUUGAUGUUGAAGAAGUAGAGUUAUUUCUUGAUGAUAAACUUGAAAAUUGUUUGUUGGUUAUA